AUGGCGAAUAACCCAACAUUCAAACCAUCGCCUCUAUCUUUUGGAGGGCAAAGGGCGUCACCCUUUCGGCGACCGUCCACACCUAACUCCCCGCCCUCCGCCUCAGGUCGUCCGGCCACACCAGGGAGUUCCCCGAGUCGGGGAUACACCCCGAUGGUAUCACCAAGCAAGUUGAAUCAGACAUAUACCGUGGAAGAUAGAGAUUCAGUUUCCCCACGGGCGGAACCUAUCCCGCAACCAAAGUUUACUCGUGAACUUCCUCCUUCUCCUACAAAGGGAGCACGAUCACCCGGCCAUGCGUCGCCAAUAAUGAGCAGAUCGAGUGGACUAGUUGCCGCAGGUACCGAUGCAUCCUCAAAAUUACCACCAGCUCAGCUGAGGGAGAUCCGGGAGGCAUUUCAAGUUCUCGAUCGAGACAACGAUGGCCUGGUAAACAAAGAUGACGUCGCCGAUGUUUUAACAAACUUGGGCCAAGAUGCAAACCCUUCUACUCUGUCGCGAUUUUUCCCCCCUGGCGCUGAACAACAGAUCAACUUUGCGACAUUUUUGAAUACCUUAUCUCAAUUGAUGUCACCAAUGUCUUCGUCUCAGGAACUUCUCAGCGCCCUGGCAGCAUUCGAUGACGACGACAACGGUCAAAUUGACGCGGCAGAACUACGUGACGCUUUGUUACAUACAGCACCCGAGGAUGGAGGGGCCCCAUUGACGGAGCGACAGAUUGAUGAGGUUUUCAGUGGAUUUACUGGACGGCGCGCAUUUGGAGGGCGAGGCGCGAAAACAGGUGGAAUGGGCUCGAGAGGCGAGGUCUUCCAGUACAAUGACUUCGUCCGUAGUGUAGUUGGUGGCGAGAAUGGGAAUGGGCGACGAGAGGCAGGUACCACUCCAGUUUGA